AUGAAUGGAAAGUAGCAAUUUAUCCAUUAAAUUACUGAUGAGUCGAUUGACUUACAAGUUGCUAAGGACUUACUCUAAGAGGCAGUAAUUGAGAAUCCAAGUAAUUAUAGUUAGUUAUAGCAGAGGUUCUUGGGGAGAUUUUUGAAUAGAAAUUAAAUAUGCAUGCUCUUUGUAUUUUGCAUUUAGCACUGAAGGAGUACACCCCACUUUCUUCUUUGAUAGCAGAACAGUUCCUGAAUAAGAAUAUUUACGCCCAAUCUUCAAUUGUUAGAAUUUACUAUUCUUAUUUGUAAAAGACAGCAUCUGUACAUGAAUUAUAUCAAGCAAUCAAAAAUAAAAAAGUAGAAAAACUAGACAAUCCAUAGAUAGUGGUUAUAACUGCUCAUAAGGUUUAAAAUUUAUCGAAUGUUGGGUUUCAAAUACUCACUCUUUAUACACCUUCAUUCAAAAAUAUGCAAAUCUAAGUCUAUGAUGAUGUGUACGAUUAUGGACAAUUUGUAAAAGAUUAAUUUAUUCAUAUCAUAGGUAUGACUAUUAAAAUAGGCAUAGAUAGUUAUCCGACGUUCUCAUCAUCAGCAACAAUCAGUUUAUAUUAAAUAUAUAACGAUGUCUUAAUUUAAGAUGCAGAAUUAAAAGACUUCAGGAGGUGUUGUUAAGAUGACACCCUUAGAGAACCGAUCAAAUUAAAUAUAUAAGAGAGUCUUUUGUCAGAUUUCUUGAGUCUUUCUUCAUCCCUUAUGCUUGUUAGUGCAAACACACUCAGACCCCUCAAUAUCCCAACCAAGCUCUUGCCUUGUGGAGGUCAAGAAUAGCAAGUAAUGAGAUAUUACAAGAAAUUUUAUUCAAUUAGUUGA